GGUAGAUUCUUUCGUCCCAACUCAAUGUGAUCAUUUCAGUGAUGUCAGUUUAGCCAUUAUGGAGCAUGUUUUGUCACUUGCAAUAUUUUCUCCCCUUGAACUUCUAGGACUUCUUUCUUCAGCCAGAAGCUUCUCCAGCAGCCAUGGCAGAAGAUGGUGGCUUACAUAACCAUCUCUGAAGAUUAUAACUCUGGGAGAAUGGAAAGUGUAGUUAUUAAAAAUGACAGUGGCUGAAAGUGAGCAUUCAUUGUUUUUAAUUGUGAAAUUAAACACAUGUUGUUCCCACAGGGUCAACCAGGACCAGUGGGUCCCCAGGGGUACAAUGGGCCACCAGGGUUACAAGGGUUCCCGGGACUACAAGGCCGCAAAGGUGACAAGGGCGAACGGGGAGCUCCUGGGACUACAGGACCAAAAGGAGAUGUGGGAGCAAGAGGAGUUUCUGGAUUUCCUGGUGCUGAUGGAAUUCCUGGACACCCAGGGCAAGGCGGGCCCAGAGGAAGGCCUGGCUAUGACGGCUGCAACGGGACCAGGGGAGACGCAGGUCCCCAGGGGCCCUCCGGCUCUGGGGGCUUCCCCGGCUCUCCUGGGCCCCAAGGACCCAAAGGGCAGAAAGGUGAACCUUAUGCAUUGUCUGAAGAGGACCGUGACAAAUACAGGGGUGAAACUGGGGAACCUGGAUUGGUUGGUUUCCAGGGGCCUCCUGGCCGCCCUGGGCCUGUAGGACCGAUGGGUCCCGUUGGAGCCCCAGGAAGACCAGGACCACCCGGACCCCCUGGACCAAAAGGACAGCCGGGCAACCGAGGACUUGGUUUUUAUGGAGAAAAGGGUGAAAAGGGAGACGUAGGACUGCCGGGACCCAAUGGGAUUCCAUCAGACACCACUCUCAUCGGGCCCACCAUGACGACAUACCACCCUGAUCUGUACAAGGGUGAAAAGGGGAGCGAGGGAGAGCCGGGGACACAGGGCAUUUCCGUGAAGGGCGAGGAAGGAGUCAUGGGUUUUCCAGGAGCUCGGGGUCUUCCUGGCCUUGAUGGAGAAAAAGGAUCCCUAGGACAGAAGGGAAGCAGAGGCCUGGAUGGUUUCCAAGGCCCCGGGGGACCAAGAGGACCCAAGGGAGAACCAGGGGAGCGGGGACCUCCAGGACCACCUGCCUACUCGCCUCACCCCUCCCUGGCAAAAGGUGCCCGAGGUGACCCAGGAUUCCCAGGAGCUCAUGGGGAACCAGGAUUCCGGGGGGAGCCAGGAGACCCUGGCCCCAUAGGCCCCCCUGGCCUGUCCAUUGGAGAUGAAGAUGAUAGGAGAGGCCUGCCUGGUGAGAUGGGACCCAAAGGCUUCAUUGGAGACCCAGGCCUUCCUGCACUCUACCCUGGCCCACCUGGAGAGCACGGAAAGCCAGGGCUCCAGGGAGCCCCCGGGAUUGCCGGACCACCUGGACCAGAUGGUUUCCUGUUUGGCCUUAAAGGAGCAGAAGGAAGAGUGGGCUAUCCUGGGCCAUCUGGUUUCCCAGGGGCUCGAGGACAGAAAGGAUGGAAAGGUGACACUGGGGACUGUAAGUGCGCAGAAAGCGAUCAGUUCAUCGGGGGUCUCCCAGGACUGCCAGGACCCAAGGGCUUGCCAGGUUUCAAUGGAGAGCCAGGAAAGAAAGGGGAUCAAGGAGAACCUGGACAGCACGGUAUCCCUGGGUUUCCAGGGUUCAAGGGAGCGCCUGGCCUCAUUGGAGUUCCUGGACCCAAGGGAGUAAAAGGAGAUUCUAGAACAAUUACCACCAAAGGUGAGAGGGGACAGCCAGGUGUCCCAGGCGUGCACGGCAUGAAAGGCGACGAUGGUAUCCCAGGGCGUGAUGGGCUCGACGGAUUUCCUGGCCUUCCCGGUCCCCCGGGCGAUGGCAUCAAAGGCCCCCCAGGGGACGCAGGUUAUCCAGGUGUACCCGGAACUAAGGGCUUUCCAGGAGAAGUAGGCCCCCCAGGACUGGGCUUACCAGGCCCAAAAGGCGAGCGUGGUUUCCCAGGAGAUGCUGGAUUACCUGGUCCUCCAGGCUUUCCUGGUCCUCCAGGCCCUGCAGGGACCCCAGGUCAAAUAGAUUGUGACACAGGUGUGAAAAGGCCCAUUGGAGGUGACGGACAAGAGGCUUUCCAGCCAGAUUGCAUUGGAGGCCCCAAGGGCUCACCCGGCCUACCAGGCCCCCCAGGCACUGCAGGUAUCAAAGGCCUCAGAGGGAUACCAGGAUUCCCAGGAGCUGAUGGAGCGCCAGGGCUCAAGGGCUUCCCUGGAGAUCCAGGUCGUGAAGGCUUCCCCGGACCCCCAGGGUUCAUGGGACCCCGAGGAUCUAAAGGAGCUGUGGGCCUCCCUGGCCCCGAUGGACUUCCAGGCCCUGUCGGCCUACCAGGACCAGCUGGGCCACCUGGGGAUAGGGGGCUUCCAGGAGAAGUCCUGGGUGCUCAGCCUGGACCUCGGGGAGAUGCUGGACUGCCUGGACACCCUGGGCUGAAAGGCCUUCCAGGAGAGAGAGGACCCCCUGGAUUCAGAGGAACCCAAGGGAUGCCUGGAAUGCCAGGGCUCAAGGGCCAGUUGGGCUUCCCUGGACCUUCAGGCCAGCCAGGACUUCCCGGACUACCAGGACAGCAUGGAUUCCCAGGAGCUCCUGGCCAGGGGGGACCCUUGGGGCUGCCCGGUGCCCCAGGCCUUGGAGGUCUGCCUGGGGACAGGGGAGACCCCGGUGACACAGGUGCCCCUGGCCCUGUGGGCAUGAAAGGUCUCUCUGGGGACAGAGGAGAUGCUGGCAUGUCAGGCGAGCGAGGUCAUCCAGGAAACCCUGGAUAUAAAGGAAUGGCUGGGAUGCCUGGUUCCCCAGGGCAAAAAGGGGAGCGAGGUUCACCUGGAAUGCAUGGCUUUCAAGGCAUGACUGGACUCAAAGGAAGACCUGGGCUCCCAGGAACCAAAGGAGAGAUUGGAUUUUUUGGAAUUCCUGGCCUGAAGGGCCCGGCUGGCCAGCCAGGUGUUAAAGGUAACCGAGGGGAACCCGGUCCCCCAGGGCCACCUCCCGUCAUUCUGCCAGGGAUGAAGGACAUUAAAGGAGAGAAAGGCGAUGAAGGACCAAUGGGUCUAAAAGGAUACCUGGGCUUAAAAGGUAUCCAAGGAAUGCCAGGGAUCCCUGGGCUGGCAGGAAUCCCCGGGUCACCUGGGCGGCCCGGCCACGUCAAAGGAAUCAAAGGAGACAUUGGAUUCCCUGGCACCCCGGGUUUGCCAGGAUUCCCCGGAGUGUCUGGUGCCCCCGGAAUUAUAGGAUUCCCAGGGUUCACAGGAAGCCGGGGUGACAAGGGUGCUCCUGGGAGAGCAGGCCUGUAUGGUGAGACUGGCCCCACUGGAGAUUUUGGUGACACUGGCGACACUGUAGACUUACCAGGAACCCCAGGCCUGAAGGGAGAACAAGGCCUCACUGGAACUCCAGGUCUAAAGGGAUUCUUCGGGGAGAAAGGAGCGGAGGGAGAAGUUGGCUUCCCUGGGAUAACAGGCUUGACUGGCCCUCAGGGCCCUCCUGGACUAAAAGGACAGACAGGCUUCCCAGGUCUCACAGGGCUGCAGGGGCCACAGGGAGAUCCAGGGCGGAUCGGAGUGCCCGGUGCCAAAGGAGAUUACGGCCGGCCAGGGGACCGGGGCUUACCAGGUUUUCCGGGAAUCCGAGGGAUCAGUGGAUUACAUGGCCUGCCAGGCACCAAAGGCUUCCCAGGAUCCCCAGGUGCCGAUAUCUACGGAGAUCUAGGGUUCCCAGGUGCCACUGGAGACAGGGGUGACCCUGGAGAGGCCAACACCCUCCCAGGCCCUGUGGGAGCCCCAGGACAGAAAGGGGAGCAGGGAGCUCCAGGGGAACGAGGCCCAGCUGGGAGCCCAGGACUGCAGGGCUUCCCUGGCAUCACCCCUCCUUCCAACAUCUCUGGGUCACCUGGUGACGUAGGGGCACCAGGGAUAUUUGGCCCUGAAGGUUACCGGGGCCCACCAGGUCCACCUGGGCCUGCUGCUCUUCCUGGAAGCAAAGGAGAUGAGGGGAGACCGGGAGCUUCGGGAAUUCCCGGGAACAAAGGAUGGGUUGGGGACCCAGGACCCCAGGGUCGGCCUGGUGUAUUUGGUCUCCCAGGAGAAAAAGGACCCAGGGGUGAACCAGGAUUCAUGGGCAACACUGGACCUACCGGAGCUGUGGGUGACAGAGGUCCCAAGGGACCCAAAGGAGACCAGGGAUUCCCUGGUGCUCCUGGUCCCGUGGGAUCCCCUGGCAUUGUAGGAAUCCCCCCGAGGUUUGCUGUCCAGCCCGGAACACUGGGACCCCAGGGGAGAAGAGGUCCUCCAGGGGCCCAAGGGGAGAUGGGGCCUCAGGGGCCUCCUGGAGAACCAGGUUUUCGAGGAGCUCCAGGGAAGGCUGGACCCCAGGGAAGAGGUGGCGUGUCUGCUGUUCCAGGGUUCCGGGGAGACCAAGGGCCCAUGGGACACCAGGGCCCAGUUGGCCAAGAAGGGGAGCCAGGCCGUCCAGGGAGCCCAGGUCUUCCGGGCAUGCCAGGCCGCAGUGUGAGCAUCGGCUACCUCCUGGUGAAGCACAGCCAGACGGAGCAGGAGCCCAUGUGCCCCGUGGGCAUGAACAAGCUCUGGAGCGGAUACAGCCUGCUGUACUUCGAGGGCCAGGAGAAAGCACACAACCAGGACCUAGGGCUGGCGGGCUCCUGCCUGGCACGUUUCAGCACCAUGCCUUUCCUGUACUGCAACCCCGGUGACAUCUGCUACUACGCCAGCCGCAAUGACAAGUCCUACUGGCUCUCCACCACCGCCCCACUGCCCAUGAUGCCUGUGGCCGAGGACGACAUCAAACCCUACAUCAGCCGCUGCUCUGUGUGCGAGGCUCCGGCUGUCGCCAUUGCCGUCCACAGUCAAGACGUCUCCAUACCCCACUGCCCUGCUGGCUGGCGGAGUUUGUGGAUUGGCUAUUCCUUCCUCAUGCACACUGCGGCUGGGGACGAAGGCGGCGGCCAGUCACUGGUGUCACCGGGCAGCUGUCUGGAGGACUUCCGAGCCACUCCGUUCAUUGAGUGCAAUGGAGACCGUGGGACCUGCCACUACUUCGCCAACAAGUACAGCUUCUGGCUGACCACCAUCCCGGAGCAGAGCUUCCAGGGCUCGCCCUCAGCGGACACGCUCAAGGCCGGCCUCAUCCGCACGCACAUCAGCCGCUGCCAGGUGUGCAUGAAGAACCUGUGAGGCCUGCACAGCCUGAAGGCCACUUGGUGCUUAUCCUUAACUUAUUACCUCAGAUGCUGACCCCAAAGUUAUCUCAGUAUUUUCUUUAAAAAAACAAACCAAAGCUACCAAAGGAACUGAGCACCCGCACUGACAUCCAACAGCGCCGGUCACUGGGGACCCGCCACCCUCAGGCUGCAGCCCUGCUUAACACUCACGGCAGGGCAGACAUCUGGGUGCAGCCUGCACAAUCCCUCUUCACCCCCGCCCCACGCUAGGCCACCUUGCCACCAGUGUAGCCACCAAUAACUGUCCCCAUGUAACACUGCUUCCGCUCGCCGUGGACCUCUCUCAUUUCCUGGGGUGGUGCAGACUCUUAUGUGACAGCAAAUGAGAAUGUGUGGCCAGGGAUCCGAUGAGGCUGUGAGCUCCCUGCCACCGAUCCCUACCCCAGGGCCCCUGUGGUGGGCCUGGUGCUGUUUCCUAGGUGGAAGGGAUGUCCAGUUUUCUCCCAAACUCUCCAAGUCCCCACACAAAGGCCACCCAUGCUUUUUUUCUAAGUCCCUGACAGUCCCACCUGGUCAUUCUUCCACCACGUCCUCACAGACCAUGGGGUUUGGCCAAACUCACGUAGACGCAAGGCUGUUCUAGCCAUCACCAGCAUCUGUUGGAAGGAAAACUUGGCAGAGUGGCAGCGAUGUCCCCUGGCCUGCAUCUCCCUGGAUCCCUGGACACCUCACACCCCCAGCCCCAUUCUCUGCAGAGAGCUGUCCUCUUCUGCCUGUCCUGUGUAAUCACACAAAAUAAAAGUUAUU